AUGGCGACAAUCACAGCUCUCGCAAGAGCAAACGAGAUCAGGGCCCCUCCCCCACCAGGCGCACCUUACAGUGUUGCCCUUGAAGGAAACGAGGAGUCGGGACGUAGUAAGAUCUACAGACACUGGAGAUUCAAGGACGGUCUGCUUCACACCUUGGACCCUCAGAUCACGUCCGCGCAUGACUUCUUCGAACGUACAGCCAACCGCAUUCCCAGCGCGAGAUGUCUCGGAUACCGUCCUUACGACGCAAUCACAAAGACCUUCGGGCCCUAUGUUUGGGAAACUUACGGCCAGAUCCAAGAACGAAGAAAGAAUUUUGGUAUCGGCAUGGUCCACCUCCACCAGAAGUAUGGAAUCACUGGUAGACAACAUGGUGUCGGUCUGUGGUGCCAAAACCGUCCCGAGUGGCAGAUUGUCGAUUUGGGUUGCAUGUCUCAAGCUCUGUACACUGUCUCUCUCUACGAUACUCUGGGACCCGACACUACCGAGUACAUCAUCAACCACUCACAGCUGGCCGCCGUCGCAGCCUCCCUGAACCAUAUCCCAACCCUGCUCAAGCUUGCUUCUCGCUGCCCCACCCUCAAAAUCAUCGUCUCGCUCGAUCCCCUCACCUCGGGCACUGAGCUGCCAGGAAACUCAAAGGCCGAUCUUCUCAACGCUCUGGCUUCCGAGGCUGGCAUUCAGGUCAUUCACAUUCGCGAUGUAGAGGCAAUGGGCGAGGCCAACCCUCGUCCCUACAACGUUCCCCAGCCAGAGGACAUCGUCACUAUCAACUACACAUCCGGUACCACUGGUCCUCCCAAGGGUGUGGUUCUGACACAGGCGAACGCUGUUGCCGCAGCUUCGGCCUCCAUGACUCUGGUCGACAUGAAGGACAACGAUGUCAUGUGUUCUUACCUACCUCUGGCUCAUAUCUACGAGCGCGUGACCGAGGGCUCUGCCCUCUGGGCUGGCAGUGCUAUCGGAUACUUCCACGGCAACAUCCUGGAACUCGUCGAAGAUUUCAAGCUUCUCCGUCCCACCAGCUUGAUCAGUGUACCCCGUCUGUACAACCGCUUCGGUGGUGCCAUUAAGACAGCCACUCUGGAGGCAUCUGGCGUCAAAGGAGCUCUUUCAAGACACGUUGUGUCGACAAAGUUGGCAACUCUGAGCAAUCCCGACCCCAAGCAGGCUACAAACAAGCACGCCUUCUACGACCGUAUCUGGGGCAGAAAGGUCACAGCGCAGCUCGGUCUGGAUCGUGUCAGAGCUAUGGUGUCAGGCUCGGCCCCUAUCGACCCAUCUCUUCAGCAGUUCAUGCGUGUAGUGUUUGGCAACAGCUUCCUUCAAGGUUAUGGCUUGACUGAGACAUACGCCAUUGCUUGCGCUCAGGUCGAAGGUGACAUGACAGCCGGCAACUGCGGUGCAGUCAUGCCUACAACCGAGUUGUGUCUCAUGGACGUGCCAGACAUGGAGUACUUUGCAACUGACAAGCCAUAUCCUCGUGGCGAGCUCUUGGUUCGUGGACCCACUGUGUUCAGAGAGUACCUCAAGAACCCCGAGGAGACAGAAAAGACGCUGCUCCCCGAUGGAUGGUUCCGCACUGGAGACAUCUGCUCCGUAGACGAGCUCGGUCGCUUCAAGAUCAUCGACCGCAGAAAGAACGUUCUCAAGCUCGCUCAGGGCGAGUACAUCUCACCCGAGCGCAUCGAGAACGUCUACCUCGGCAACACAACCUGGUUCUCGCAAGCAUACGUGCAUGGAGACAGCGACAGGGCAUUCCUGGUCGCCAUCUUCGGCAUCCAGCCUGACACAUUUACCGCCUUCGCGAGCAAAGUGCUGGGUAAGCAGCUGGGCGCAACCGACAUCAAGGCUUUGGAGGCAGCAGCUCAGGACGUCAAGGUACGCCAUGCUGUUCUCAAGGAGCUUGACAAGAUUGGCAAGAAGAACAAGUUCAACCGCUUCGAGAUGGUGCGCAAUGUGCGACUGAUGGUCGAGCCUUUUACCGUCGACAACGAACUUCUCACCCCCACACUCAAGCUCAAGAGACCCCAAACGGCAAAGAAGUACCGCGCUCUUCUUGAUGAGAUGUACACCGAGGCCGAGGCACAGAGCAGUGCUAGAGCCAAGCUGUAG